AUGGGUGCAACAUCGGGCAUUAGCGCACUCACUCUUCUACAGUGUUUCUCCAAGUCCCACACUCUCUCGCUUUCACCAUUCCGCACUCUCCCUCGCCUCAAAUGCUCCUUCUCUUCCUCAAUCAAUUUCAACAUCUCCUUCGCUCCCCCUAAACCCAAGCCCAAGCCCGACCUCGACUCCCAACCUGACCCAUCCAAUGACCCCGAUGGGCCGCUUCUCAUUCCGUGGAUCGUCCGAGGCGAGGACGGUAACCUCAAGCUCCAAUCCGAACCUCCCCCGAGCCUCCUCAAGGCCAUCGCCACAGCCCAAACCGGAACCAAAAAGGACAGGAACCAAACCAAAACCACCGCCGCCACCACCAAACCUCAAAAGCUUCGCGCGACUGCGCCGCCGCACCAUUCCAAGGCGGCGCGGCGGUUCUACAACCAAAACAUCAAGGAAUCUUCCGGCGCGCGCCUCAGCAAGGUUCUCGCCGCCUCCGGAGUUGCGUCGAGAAGAAGCUGCGAGGAGCUUAUCUUCGAAGGGAAAGUUACGGUGAAUGGCUCCGUGUGUAAUACGCCUCAGACUAGAGUUGAUCCUGCGAAGGAUGUUAUCUAUGUGAAUGGGAACCGGCUUCCCAAGAGGCAACCUCAGAAGGUUUAUUUGGCCUUGAACAAACCGAAAGGAUAUAUAUGUUCGUCUGGGGAGAACGAGUCUAAAUCUGUGACAAGUUUAUUUGAUGAUUACUUGAAGACUUGGGGUAAAAAGCAUCCGGGGGUACCCACACCACGGUUAUUUACUGUGGGGCGCCUUGAUGUUGCUACUACUGGGUUAAUUAUUGUGACCAACGAUGGAGAUUUUGCUCAAAAGCUUUCACAUCCUUCAUCUAAUUUAUCAAAAGAAUACAUUGCAACAGUCGAUGGUUUAGUUUACAAGAGGCACUUAAUAGCCAUAAGUGAGGGGACAACCAUUGAAGGUGUUCAUUGUGUACCUGAUGGUGUGGAGUUACUUCCACGCCAGGCAGAUAUGCAAAGAGCUCGUAUUCGCAUUGUGGUUCAUGAAGGGAGGAAGCAUGAAGUUCGUGAACUUGUCAAAAGUGCUGGACUUGAGAUUCAUUCAUUAAAGCGAGUACGCAUUGGUGGGUUUAGACUUCCACCAGACCUUGGGUUAGGAAAGUAUAUUGAGUUAAAUCCAACGAAUCUUAACGCAUUGGGGUGGAAGAGUUAA